AUGGAGUUAUCAGAAGAUCUCCUAGAUGAUAAGGUUUUGUAUGUAGAGGUAGCGAAGCCUUGGCAACUUUACUUUGAUAGAGCUUCUUCAAAACAAGAGGCAAGGAUAGGAAUUGUAUUUGUCACACCUUCAGGGGAGUUGAUUCCUUAUUCAUUCUCCCUAACAUCAUUAUGCUCAAAUAAUAUUGCUGAGUAUGAGGCAAUUAUUGUUGGGUUGGAAAUUGCACGGGAGAUGAACAUUGAACACUUACAAGUGUAUGGAGAUUCUCAACUAGUUGUUAUCCAGUUAAAUGAAUUGUAUGGGGUUAAACAUUUGACUUUAAUCCCUUAUUUCAAAAAGGCCAAAGAACUUGUGACUCAAUUCACCAAUAUCUCUAUUGGUUAUAUACCAAGAUCGGAGAAUGACAAAGCAGACGCAUUGGCCAAGUUGGCCGCGUCACUUAUUUUGCCAGAAGAAAAAGAACUGCAAAUCACUAUUGGUGAAAGACGUAUCCUUCCAUCUUAUAGGAUUAUUCCAAUAGACCCCAGAAGGAGCGCUAAUGUACAAUGCCAAGCUGUUCACUUCAGGUAUAUAAAUGGCACUCUAUAUGGAAAAUCCAUAGACGGAAUUCUCCUCAAGUGCUUGUCUGAAGAUGAAACUUUGCAAGCUCUCCAUGAAGUACAUGCAGAAGAUUGCAAUGUACAUCAAGAUGUCCCUAAGAUGCAUGCCAAAUCUGCAUCUUAUAACCCUUCACCAAAUGGACAAGCAGAAGCUUUCAACAAAGUUCUUUGCAAAAUACUUAAGAAGAUGGUGUCGAAGAAUAAAAGAGGUUGGCAUGAAAGCUGUAGAGAAGAUGGGCCAAAUGAGGAUGAGCAAGGACUGAGUUCAACCAACCUCAAGACAGCAAUACACAAGGCCAAACUACACCCGGAAGUUGCAAGAACCAAGACUGAAGUAGAACCUUGGUUCGGCCUUCAAGAAACUAGUCAGGAGCAUUUGGUAGCACAUAUCCUUCCAUUGCUUGUUCGAUCUUAUGAUGAUAAUGAUGCUCGAAUACAAGAAGAAGUUUUAAAAGUAACUAUAUCCCUUGCUAAGAAACUUGAUAUUCAGAUGGUGAAACAAGAAAUUUUACCUCGAGUUCACGGAUUGGCACUUAAAACAACAGUUGCUGUGGUAAGAGUGAACGCUUUGUUGUGCCUGGGUGAGCUGGUACACAUGCUUGAUAAACAUGCUGUUCUAGAUAUCUUACAAACAAUCCAACGUUGUACAGCUGUUGAUCGAUCAGCCCCCACACUCAUGUGUACCUUGGGGAUUGCAAGCUCAAUUACCAAGCAGUACAGCAUAGAAUUCACUGCAGAGCAUGUCCUUCCGCUGCUCAUGCCACUACUUGUUGCCCAACAACUAAAUGUUCAACAAUUUGCCAAGUACAUGCUCUUUUUGAAAGACGUCCUCAGGAAAAUAGAAGAAAAACGAGGUGUAAUUUUGACUGAUUCUGGCACCCCAGAAGUAAGAGUGACACCCAUAGCCAAUGGAUUUCAGUCUGGAGCAUUGAUGAAACCAAGCGGGACUUUCUCUUCAAAAAAGAGAAGUUCAGCAUGGGAUGGAGAUUGGGAUCUCAUAACUAAGGAACCUACAAGUCCUGUGCAGUCUUCUACAGCUAGUGUAUCAACCACACCAAUGGCACCAGACUCACAUCUAAGCACUGUUACUAUCACUCAAGUGCAGUCUGUGACAUCCACCACCUUUUGCCAGCAAAAAGCUCUAUCAUGCACAGAAGUUGACAUAGAGUGGCCUGCUCGGACAGCUUCUGAUCUUGCACCUCAAGUAGGUGACAAUGAGAAAGAGAAUCAGAGCUCAGGUGCAUCAACCUCUAGUUUUGAUGAUAUAGAUCCUUUUGCUGAUUGGCCUCCACGACCCAGUAACUCAGUAGGUGAUUUGGGGUCUUCCACCAAUAAUACAAUCAGUCUGUCCAUGAAUAAAUAUGGUUAUUGGUUGAACACAAGUGGCCAGAGUGGCACAAGCACCAACAGCAAACCUAUUGGACUGUUAAAACAGGAAAGUAGUUCUUCAAAUGCCAAUAAUCAUAGUAGCAGUGGCUUCAACACCCAGAGUUCAAUUGGGUUCUCAAGACAGAACCAGGGCAACAAUCCAGCAAAUAUUAACAGUUUGUACACCGAGGGGCUCAACCCCCAAGCCUCUAUCGGGUUCUUGAAAUCUAAUCAAGUGAGUUCAGCAAUGGGUCUUGGGAAGAAUAAUUCUUUGAUGGGGUCAUACGCUGAAACAAAAGCUGCAGACCUUGGCUCCAUCUUUGCCCCUGCCAAGAGUGAACAGACGGCACCCAGACUUGCUCCACCUCCCCAGACUGCUGUUGGAAUGGGAAGAGGGAGUGGAAAUCAAGGACAUCCCAGUAGCAUUCAAACAUCACGAUCUGUCAAUAUCAAAUCAUCAACUAAUCAGCCCAUUCUGGAUUUACUGUAAUAGGUAGGAGUAGGAUCCACCUAUAUUUUAUCACAAACUGGUGGACCAGCCCUUGUAGAUCAGCUGUUGGAUUAGCCAUCAACAGUGUUGAUCUGUUUCUCAUUUCAUACCCACUCAACGUCCGUGGCAAUCUGGGGUAGUCAAGUUUGUUUAUGAUGGUUUGCUUGGUCGAGGUGGCCUGUAGUAGCCUAUUGUCAUCCGACGUGGGAGUUUUCCCUUCCUUAUUGUUCGUUAUUCGUUUUUUUUUUUCUUUUCUUAUUUUCCUUUUUCUUUUAAUUUAAUGAUCUUGAGUUUAUUUUUCUAAGGUUAGUGUAUUCUUUGGAACAGAUUCCGCUUUUUGAUGGAAUCUGGACACAAUAAAUAAAUUAACUUAAAGGGCUGAAUCUUCUGCUCUGCAUAUUCUUUAGA